UUCUACGGCGUCCGAUCAUGUCGGUCUGGGUUGUAUACUCAAUUUCCCGAAGUGACUUUCGAAAAAUGGCGCCUCCUCCUGGCCUUUCGCUUCGCUGAGGCAGAUUGUCAUCAGCCAGCGCUGGAGGUUCAGUAGGAUGCUGCGGAACACACCCAGUACGCGUAGCCCUGGUACAGUUUAUGGCCGUCACACGUUCAUUGUAGCCAGGGACGAGGAGCUGGAAAAGACCCAAAUGUACCCUGGAUAUGUGGCUCUGUAGCGGCUGACUGCAUGUGCCCGAGGUGACUGGAGCAAGCCGGGGAAGCUGCAGCCGCUGUGGUAACUAAUCCUUAACAAAACGAGCAUAAACGCGUUAUAUCCUGGACGGAUUUACACUGAUGCCACCAUCUAAAGGGACAUUAGGAUAAGGAGGAUGCACAGAGCCUGCUGCUUUUGUCUGUUUUUGGAAGCCGCUGCAUUUUAGGUGACUGAAGGCAGCGUCGAACAUGUCUCCACCUCUGGCUGCAAUGGUUGUGGUGGUCUUCUCGGUCCUACUGGCAGGAUCCAGCCAUGCAGGCCCUGAGAUGGACCCAUACAAAAUAUUGGGAGUAAGCGCGGGGGCAAGCCAGGCAGAGAUUAAGAAGGUCUACAAGCGCCUUGCUAAGGAAUGGCAUCCUGACAAAAACAAAGAUCCAGCUGCUGAGGACAUGUUUAUCAAGAUCACUAAAUCGUAUGAGAUCCUGUCCAGCGAGGACAAGCGUGCCAACUACGACCGCUACGGGCAGACUGACGACUCCCAGGCGUACAGCAGCAGCCGAUACAGCCACCGCCAGGACAGCUUCUACUUUGACGAGUCCUUCUUCAACUUCCCCUUCAACACCAAGAACCACCGGGACUUCACCGACAGCAAGUACACGCUGCAAUUCAACCAGUACGUCGGCGAGGUGGUGCCCGACAGCUACAGGAGGCCGUACCUGAUAAAGAUCACCUCCGACUGGUGCUUCAGCUGCAUCCACAUCGAGCCCGUGUGGAAGGAAGUGGUGCAGGAGAUGGAGACUCUAGGCAUCGGAAUAGGCGUGGUCGAUGUCGGCUACGAGAGGCGUUUGGCGAAUCACCUCGGUGCUCACCGCACCCCGUCCAUACUGGGUGUCAUCAGCGGAAAGGUGACGUUUUUCCAUUACGCCGUGGCAAAAGAACACCUGAGGCAGUUUGUGGAAGACCUCCUCCCUCAGAGGCUCGUGGAGAGGAUCACGGACAAAAACCAGCAGCAGUUCUUGAACAGCUGGCAUUCGCUUAACAAGCCACACGUGCUCCUGUUUGAUCAAGUUCCCGUAGUCCCUCUGCUGUACAAACUCGCGGCGUUUGCCUACAAGGACUACCUGCAGUUCGGUUACGUGGACCAGGGCCUCGCGGAGACGGCCGAGCUGCAGAAACGGUUCAACAUCAACACUUACGCUCCGACCAUGCUGGUCUUUAAGGAGAACACUGACAAGCCUGCUGAUAUUAUACAGGCUAAAGGAAUGAAGAAACAAAUAAUCGACGAGUUCAUGUCCAACAACAAGUUUCUCCUGGCACCGCGGCUCGUCAAUCAGAAGCUCUUUGAUGAGCUCUGUCCUGUCAAGCAGUUCCACAGACGCAGGAAAUACUGCGUCCUGCUGAUCACAGCUGACGAAGAGACGUUUUCCUUUGGGAAGCAGGAGUUCCUCUCGUUUGCUUCUACCAACACGAGGGAGGUCGUGAGGUUUGCUUACGUGUACCAGCGGCUGCAGCAGCCGCUCUGUGACAUCCUCAUGCACAGCGAGGACAGCUCUCAGUCAACGGCGCAGGUGGUGAUACUGGAGAGGCGUAACGCAGCAGGCAAAGCGUUGUUCAAGCCGGUCACGGCCUGGAACGGCAGCGAGGAAGAGAAGCUGCGUCUGCUGGAGGAACUGGAACGGCUUCAGAAGGACCCUUCCAUCCUCAUCCAGGACGCGAUGCUACCUGAACUCAACAACGAGUUUGCCUCGAUGUUUGUAGUCCGGUGGAUCUAUGCAUCUUAUGAUUACCUCACUGAAGUCAUCGAUGAUAUUCUUCACAACAACUGGCGCGAGAUGAUGCCUCUUCUGUCCCUCAUCUUCUCCGCUUUGUUCAUCUUGUUUGGAACUGUGGUGAUCCAGGCCUUCAGUGACUCCAGUGACGAUAAACAGAUGAAACCGAAGGCGAAAGAUGGAGCCAAAGCAGAAAAUGGAUCGUCGGGCACUUCUAGCUCUUCAAGCCGACCACCGAAGAAGAAUUUCGUGGAGGUGACGGAGCUGACGGACAUCACCUACAUGAGCAACCUGGUGAAGCUGAGGCCUGGACACAUCAACAUAGUCCUGGUUCUCACUGAUGCCUCCAAGAACAUCCUUCUUAGCAAGUUUGCUAAAGAGGUGUACUCCUUCACAGGGAGUCAGACGCUGCACUUCUCCUUCCUGAACCUCGACAAGCACGGCGAGUGGAUGAGCGCCUUGCUGGAGUACGCCCAGAGCGCCAUGCACGUCGAGGCCGACGAGGACGAGAGCGGGAGCCGUAAAACGGACCACACCGGCUUUGUGCUGGCGCUGAACGGCUACAAAAAGUACCUGUGCCUCUUCAAGCCCGUCUACACCGGCGAGGACCUCGACGGCAAGUCGUCCGAGGAUGAAGCGGCGGCGUCAGUCGGCAGGCCGAGGCCGGGUUCCCGCGACUGUCACCCGCCGCGCAAAUCCAGCCGCUCCCGCAGCACGUCCACCCUGCAGAUCCACCACAAGCUGGACCGGCUGGGGCUGUGGAUGGAGAGACUCAUGGAGGGCACCCUGCCUCGUUACUACGUUCCGGAAUGGCCCGGGCUCGAUAAGAUCACGGCAAGUAAAUAGAUCAGCGAGGAAAGACUUCGUAUUUAAGCUCCUAUCACCCUGAUGUCGUUCCGUUUAGGAAGCAGGUUUUGGGUUGAUUGCUCUGUUUUAUAUUUGAGACCUUUAAUGGGAGCAGAUUUCUUUGAAAUAGGCCAAACCUUAUAAGGUAACCACCAAAGGAGUUCCCCUUCAGAAAUAACCCCAGGAAGCUUUUGGCAAUGUCCAUUCUGUCUUUAGUUCUGAUUUCCAAACUGAAGUGUGGCGAUGUGCUGUAUGUCGUCUCCGCCCGAAGUCAACACCCCUUAAACUUCUCUGGUUUUUCCUCCCGACUGGUCAGAAAAACGCGACCGCAGCUUGUGUCGACCCCCUCUCACCCGCUAACCGUUCCCAGAUCCCCCGCAUCCAUCGGCUGACCUCUGCAGCUGAGCUAAGAGCACGGCCCCGCCACCACAGCCUCACCCCGGCCGCCCGUGCUCCGGUCCAAACUCAGUCAGCGUUUCAGAGGCCGUGCAACAACAAUAAUCAGUUUUCAGGAAAAGAAAUAGCUGAAGGUGCCGAAGUUAGCUUCCGGCUGCCUCGUUCCUCACCUUUGCGUUGCGGUGGUAUGAAUCCCCUGUGGAUGAUUUACCGUUGGUUCUGGGAAGUUCUUCUCAUAUCCUUCAAAUCGCUCAACAAGCAGUUGGGACUGUGUUUAAAGUGAAAGCUGUGAAUAGAGAUGCAUGAAACUAAUAUCCUUUGCUCCUUUCUGCAUCUCCAACGUUUUGUAUUUUAUGUCAAAAAGGGAUUUAUUUAAUGUGCAAUAGCUCAUACUGCUGUAAUUAUGCUGCCUUUUCCCCUGGAGGACCUCAAGGUGCACGCUGCCGGUCUUCGAUCCUGCGCUCCAGCAGAAAAAUAACAUACUUUGUCUUUUUUUUCUUACAUGAGAGCUGUUAUCGUGUUAUUGCGUAUCAUUUAAAAGAGGUUUUUAAUGUAACCUUUUAGUUGCCUUUCCCUCCUAAACAAACUUAGCAGACAGUAGCUUUAUGUAGCCAUGAACCUGCUGCCAUUUUUAUCACCUGCAUAUUUUCUGAGACACUACAAACUACUGAUAGACCACCCUCUGUCCAUAAGUGAAAAACAAACAGUUUUCUAACAAUUUAAACAGCUUAUAAAUACUGUUUAAAUUAGUUUCUUAGUUAUUGCUGAUUACAAUCAUGGUGGAUUUGUAUUUAAAAGUCUGUAUCCUUUGAAAGCUCGUUAAAAUAUUUAUGUUUUUUUAAUACCGUGUGACAGUAGAAGCCUGUAUACUGCUGUAAGUUGUUUCAGGUUGUGUUAAAUGCAUUAAUUGUGUUUGUUGUAAUUAAAUACAGUACGUUUUGUUUGUCAAUAAAGGCAAGAAUUGUAAAUGA